AUGGAGCUGCGACUCCUCCUCCUAACAGCGGCCCUCGCCGCCCUCACCUCCGCCCUCACCCUCAGCGUCUCCCUGCCCCCGAAGCCCAACCCGUUCCUCCUCCCCUCCAGCACCCACGCCACGCUGUCCAGCCUGCACAAGCGCCUCAGCGCGCCCCUCUCCGCCGUCAACACCUUCGACUUCCACAACCUCUCGGCCGAAGCCGACUCGUACCUGCUCGACGUGCACUGCCCCACGGACACCUUCCUCCCGCUGCGCGUCGACGUCGGCCCGGACGGCGAGGUCAAGGCGUGGGAGACGUAUCGCGGCAACGAGUGGGGGAACAAGGGCGAGGAGGUGCCCGUGAGGAGCGAGGGCGCGACGAGGAGCCUUGCCGUCAAGGCUGCGGGGCCAAAGAUUUUCUUCAUGGAGAGGGCCAAGUUUUCGGUGUUGAGCAUCCUCAAGAAUCCCAUGAUCCUGAUGGGUCUGGUUACGAUGGGCAUCGUCUUUGGCAUGCCCUACUUGAUGGAAAACAUGGACCCCGAGCUGCGCGCCGAGUUCGAAGAGCGACAAAAAGAGAGCCCCAUGAACGCCAUCAUGGCAAACGCCCAGGGCGGCCAGAACCCCCUCGGCAACUUUGACAUGGCGGCGUACCUGGCUGGCUCGGGCAAGAAGGAGGGUGUGAAGAGGUGA